AGUGCGAUUUUAGCCUCUUAUACCAUUCAUCUUCCCCGUUAAACCCUUGCUUCGAAAACCCUAGAUUUUGACCUUCACUUUCAGAGAAUUUUUUGUUAAAUCUUCAAAUUGAUCUUCAAUUUGUGCUUGGAAAAUUUAGAGAGAGAGAGAGCAGAACGAUGGAAUUAGAGAGAGUAGGCGGGCGUGGAGCCAACCAGUUGAGACCGAUUGACUGUGCUCGCGACGUUCUCAGCCGCGCCCAUGGCUCCGCCAGUUGUUCUCAUGGAGAGACUAGGGUGCUUGCUGCUGUUUUCGGACCUAAAGCUGGGACGAAGAAGAAUGAGAACCCCGAGAAAGCUUGCAUUGAAGUCAUUUGGAAAGCCAAAACGGGGCCAAUUGGAAAAACUGAAAAGGAGUUUGAGAUGAUAUUGAAGAGAACAUUGCAAAAUAUCUGCCUUUUGACUGUUCAUCCGAAUACCACCACAUCAAUAGUAGUUCAGGUUGUUCAUGACGAUGGUUCUGUUCUUCCAUGUGCCAUACACGCUUCUUGUGCUGCUCUUGUAGAUGCUGGAAUCCCUUUGAAAUCCCUUGCAGUCUCGUUAUGUUGCUGUCUCACCGAAAGUGGGAAUAUUAUAUUGGACCCGAGCAAGCUAGAAGAACAGACAAUGAAGGCUUUUGUAUGCUUAGUAUUUCCCAGCUCAGUUCAUUCUAUACUCCCUGAAGAAUCAACGCAUGCAAGCUCAAAAUCAACGGAGCAAGAGAUCAUUACGUCUCUUACACACGGCGUAAUGACUGUGGACGAUUACUUCCACUGCGUAGAACAAGGACGAGCUGCAAUCGCUCCACUAUCCAAUAUUCUGAAAAAGAAGAUGCGAUCACAAUCUGCAGGCAACUCAUCCAAGGCAGGUUGAACUUGUUACAGCCAAAAGCAACAAGAUGAAAGGGAAAAAUCAUUUCAUCCUCACAAUCUACCGAAUCCAGUUCUUCUGCAUCGCGUUUUUGCUCGUUUUCCAGAAAUCGCAUUGGACAAGCAGAUCCUGCAUGCACUGUAAUGUCUUGAGUCUCCUCUCUUUUCUUAAGAUUAUGUUUGUUUCAAUUCCUCUGUAAUGUCGCAGUCUCCUCUGUUUUCUUAAGAUUAUGUUGGUCUCAAUCCCUUUCAUCUAUACAUAUAUAAAAGAAGAAUCGAUUAGCAAAA